CCCCACUGCCCCCGCCCGGACACAUCAUCGCUGCAUCACCCCUCCCGUACCUCUGCCUGCAUAUAAGCGCCUCGCCCGCUCCAGCUCUCCAGCUAGCUAGCCAGCCCCCUCUCUGCCGCAUAUCCACCGACGACCUCCAGCCCCAGCACGUACUACUGCCAAUCUCCGUCCCCAGCACCUACACACAUCAUAGGGAUCGAUUGAGCCGGCUGGCCGGGCGUUUUGGGUUGAAAUCGACCGAGAUGAGCUGCAACGGGUGCCGGGUGCUGCGAAAGGGGUGCAGCGACGCGUGCGUGCUGCGGCCGAGCAUCGAGUGGAUCGACGGCGCGCAGCCGCAGGCCAACGCCACCGUCUUCGUCGCCAAGUUCUUCGGCCGCGCCGGCCUCGUCGCCUCCCUCGCCGCCGUCCCGCUGCACCACCGCCCAGCGUUGUUCCGGUCGCUGCUGUACGAGGCGUGUGGGCGGACGAUCAACCCGGUGAGCGGCGGCAUCGGGCUCAUGUGGACGGGCAACUGGGACCUCUGCCAGGCGGCCGCCGACGCCGUCCUGCGCGGCGACUCCCUGAGCGCGCUCUCCGCGGUGCCGGCCGCAUUUACCGACCGCGACAUGGCCGGCCUCUACGGCUGCGCCAACAACAACAACAACAACACCGGCAGCUCCUCCUCGCUCCUCCACCACGCUUCAUCCUCGCCCGAGAACUCAUCCUCCUCCAAGCCCUCCAGGAAGCGGAUCAAGCCCAGCUUUGGCGGAGCACAGCAGAUGAAGCCGCCGCGGGCGCUGAUGCAGGCCUGCGAGCUGGACCUGUGCCUGACGCCCGUGUCGCCGAUGGGCGGCGGGAGGCGGCAGCAGGGUGCAGGCGGCGGCGCGUCGGACGAGUACUCGACGACGACGUGCGACGAAGCCAGCGGCGACGCCGAGGCUGGGGCGCCGGCGCUGCUCAACCUCUUCAACUGAUCUGAUUGUGUAGGGGCGCCGAUUGUGUAAGGUGUAAUUGUACACGACGUCUCCAGAGGCAGGGUUUAAGGGUCAUCUGGGGGUGGAGGUUAAUUAGCUGCGUGAAGUUAAUGAGGCUCUUUGGGACGUUUAACCUGGUUUUGAAGUAAUUAAUCCGUGCUAAAUGUUCGGUUUCGGUGAAUCAAUUGACAAGUUGGUUUUGUAGAGCAAAA